CGCGCCCGCGCCUGGGACAGCGGCGACCUGGAGCUCUUCGACCUGGUGGAGGAGGUGCCGCGGAGCUUCUACGACUUCCUGGGCGUGCAGCAGGAUGCUUCAUCUGCGGACAUUCGGAAAGCUUAUCGGAAGCUUUCACUAAUUUUACAUCCAGACAAGAAUAAAGAUGAAAAUGCAGAAAUACAAUUUAGACAGUUGGUGGCUAUCUAUGAGGUUUUAAAGGAUGAAGAAAGGAGGCAGAGGUAUGAUGAUAUUCUGAUCAAUGGUCUACCAGAUUGGCGACAGCCUGUAUUCUACUACAGGCGGGUGAGAAAAAUGAGCAAUGCUGAGCUGGCAUUACUCCUGUUCAUUAUACUCACAGUGGGCCAUUAUGCUGUGGUUUGGUCAAUCUACCUGGAAAAACAGCUGGAUGAACUGCUUAGCAGAAAAAAGAGGGAGAAGAAGAAAAAAACAGGAGGCCGGAGUACGGAUGAAGCCAAAUUUGCUGCUCUUGACAAAAAUGAAAGAGUCCUGGACAAACCACAAUGGCAUGACUUGCUCCCUUGCAAGCUGGGAAUCUGGUUCUGCCUCACUKUGAAAGCUUUACCUCAGCUAUUCCAGGAUGCCAGACAAUUAUAUAUAGAAUAUAAAGAAACAAAAAUGAAGGAGAAAGAAGAUGCCCUGGCUAAAGCUGAACUUGAAACACUUCAGAAGGAGAAGAAACCUAAAGUCAAGAAACCAAAGUCUGAAUUCCCUGUAUACACAGUGCUGGAAUCAAACGCAUAUAUACCAACAUAUGAUCAUGGAGCUUCUAUUGAAGAGAUUGAGGAACAGAUGGAUGACUGGCUGGGAAGCAGGAACAGAACACAGAAAAAGAAGGCGCCUGAGUGGACAGAGGAGGACCUGAGCCAGCUGACAAGAAGCAUGGUCAAGUUCCCAGGGGGGACCCCGGGUCGAUGGGAGAAGAUUGCUCACGACUUGGGUCGAUCGGUGGCAGAUGUGACCAUGAAGGCCAAGCAGGUGAAGGAGGCCGUGGCCUGCGCGCCAGGAAUCAUUAGGCUCUCGGAGCUGAAGAGCCUGGCCCAGAACUCCMGGAGCGUCAAAGUGAACCUCAGCUUGCCCGACCACAUGAUCACGCAGCGCGAGCCGGAGGACGAGGAGGCGGCGGCGGGAGGCAGCGCUCGUGUCCUGGCGCUGCCGUGGCUCCAGGCGGAGCCCCCGGAGCCCAGCGAAACCCGGCAGCGCAGGAGGAAGCUGCUCAAGGCGCUCGAAAUGCUCCCGGCAGCGGCCAGAGACGGGGCGGAGGAGAAGGGCAGGGGAAGGCGCCAGAGGGACUUCGACAGCGCGGAGCAGGAUGAAGACAGCGACGAGGAGGGCAGGAGGAGGGAGCGGAGCCGAACGCCGGAGGAUCUGUGGACUCAGAACCAGCAGAAACUGCUGGAAAUGGCCCUGCAGCAGCACCCGAAGGGAACGUCAGAUCGCUGGGAUAAAAUAGCCAAGUGUGUUCCUGGAAAAAGCAAGGAGGAGUGUAUAGCAAGAUACAAGUUGCUUGUUGAACUGGUACAGAAGAAAAAAAUGGCUAAAAACUGAACGCUCUCAACAGCAGAAACGUAACUCGUCCUUGUCCCAGCGGGAGCUYUCUGACUCUCCCGGGCAGGAAGCUGCAUCUUGUACCUCGCUAUUUCUAUACGUCAUG